AUGGGUUGCUGUCAAUCUACUGAAGUUCUUGAAGAAAAACAACGUAAUGAUGCCAUUGAAAGUCAGCUUAAAAGAGAUCGUGCCAAUUUAAAGCGUGAAACCAAACUAUUGUUAUUAGGUGCUGGUGAAUCAGGCAAAUCUACUAUAUUAAAACAAAUGAAAUUGAUUCAUGAUGGUGGAUAUACACCUGAAGAAAGAGAAAGUUUCAAGGAAGUCAUCUUUUCAAAUACAAUUCAAUCUAUGAAGGUGACUUUAGAAGCAAUGCAUCGAUUAUGUAUUGACUUCACUAAUCCACAUAAUGAAUUUAAUGCCCGAUUACUAAUGGAAAUGCCUCCUCAAGUUGAACAUAUGGAUCAAGAUGUAGUGGAUGCUAUUGCUUGUUUAUGGGAAGAUAAAGGUGUUAAGAAAUGUAUCUCAAGAUCCAAUGAAUUUCAAUUGAAUGAUUCUGCAAAAUAUUAUUUUGAAUCUAUUACGCGUAUUGGUAGUCCACAAUAUAUUCCAAGCGAUCAAGAUGUAUUACGAUCAAGGGUGAAGACAACAGGAAUCACCGAAACAACCUUCGUUGUUGACUCUAUGACAUAUCGAAUGUUUGAUGUGGGUGGACAGCGAUCUGAACGUAAAAAGUGGAUCCAUUGUUUUGAAAAUGUUACAGCUAUUGUAUUUCUGGUGGCCAUAUCUGAAUACGACCAAAUGUUAGCUGAAGAUUCCAAUGUUAAUCGAUUACAAGAAGCUUUGACUUUGUUUGAUUCCAUUUGCAACUCGAAAUGGUUUAUCAAGACAUCUAUCAUUCUCUUUUUGAACAAAAUUGAUCUAUUUGCUGAGAAGCUACCCCACAGUCCAUUGGCCAAUUAUUUUGCUGAUUACAUGGGUGGAGACAAAUAUGAACUGGCUUGUCAAUUCUUAUUACAACGUUUUGUUUCUCUCAAUACUCGUCAAAGUGUCAAACAGAUUUACACUCACUUUACCUGUGCUACAGAUACCAAGCAAAUCAAGUUUGUUAUGGCUGCCAUCUCCGAUAUUGUAGCCCACGAUACACUUAGGGAUGUUGGACUCCUGUAG